CUAGUAGAAAACUGAAUGACAAAUUGACAAGUAAACUGGUUAUGCUCAUAUCUCUAAAAUCCUGUUACUUUCUCCUGUCUUCUUUGAACUUCGAAAAUCUAGGUCUAAUUGUGGAGACUGGAGACAGGAAGUUUGGCAGGAUAUUGCAGGGACAGGUGAGAAGAUAGAGGGACCUAACUAGCCGGACCUGAUUUGGCAGAAUCUCCAACGGAGAAGGAAGGAGUCAAGAGGGACUUUGCCGAUUUGGAGUUUGGAGCAGUUCUGGUUCUGGCUCGUAGAAUCGUAGCAUAGCAAUAGCAGAAAGGCGCAAAAUUUAUCCCAAUUGAUAGCCGAAUUUCAUCAUAAUCAUGGGAGAGAAAUCGAGAAAGCCUCUCUUGGUACUCUAUGCUAGUCAAACUGGGAAUGCCCUCGACGCCGCAGAGCGUGUUGGCCGCGAGGCUGAACGUAGAGGCUGCCCCGUCAUCCUGAGUUCCAUGGACGAGUUUGACGCGAAUUCAUUAACCUUGGAGAAGACCGUAAUCUUUGUUGUCUCUACAACAGGGCAGGGAGAUGCACCCGAUGCGAUGAAGGUUUUUUGGAAGUAUCUGCUGCAGAAAAAUCUUCCAAAGUCUUGGCUGGAAGGAGUUCACUAUGCUGUCUUUGGAUUGGGAGAUUCUGGUUACCAGAAGUUCAAUUAUUGCUGCAGUUUGUUGCAAAGAAGCUGGACAGGAGGCUUCAUGAUCUUGGGGCAAGUGCUAUUGUUGAGAGAGGUCUCGGAGAUGACCAACAUCCUUCAGGGUAUACUAAUGUACAGUGCAAACCUUUUUCUUCAAAAGUGAACUGUUGGGACUUUUGUAUUUCAGAUGUUGAUUGACUUCCUAAUCCAUCAUUUCGUCCAUAGAACAUUGAAGAUGUUUGGACUUUAACUUGAACAGAAGCAGUUUUCUCGUUUAGUACCUCUAUGAGCAGUCAUUUUGUACCGAAUAGGUAUGAAGGUGCUUUGGACCCAUGGAUGACAUCCUUGUGGCGUGUCCUGUAUCAAAUUAAUCCAACUUUCUUUCCGCAUGGCCCUGAUUAUAUCCCUCCGACAUCACAAUUGCUUGAUCAACCCAAAUACCAAAUUGUCUACCAUGAACUAGGCCUGCUGCAGGCUGGGCUGUCAGUAACAGAUUCAAAAAGUCCUGCAAUGGAGAUUGAGAGGGCUCGCUCGAUGUCUCCUGCAAAACUUUCUUAUGACAAGAGUACUCCUGAUGCUUUUCUUAAAAUGGUCAGAAAUGAGCCACUAACUAGGAAAGGAUGUGGGAGAGAUGUGCGGCAUUUCGAGUUUGAAUUUUUUCCAUCGACAAUUAGCUAUGACGUCGGUGAUGUCCUUGAAGUUCUCCCCAGUCAAAACCCUGAUUUAGUUGAUGCGUUCAUACAGCGCUGCAAUUUGGACCCUGAAGCAUUUAUCACUGUGUGCCCCAAGCAGCGGGGAAGCCACCACCUUCUAGAUGGCUCCAAAAGUGGGCAAGCAUUGCCCAUAAAUUUAAAAAAAUAUGUUGAACUGGCUAUGGAUGUCACCUCAGCUUCACCUAGGCGCUAUUUCUUUGAGGUUAUGAGCUACUUUGCAACUGCAGAACAUGAAAAGGAGCGACUCGAGUAUUUCGUAUCACCUGAAGGUAGAGAUGAUUUGUACCAAUACAACCAGAAGGAAAGGAGGACUGUUUUGGAGGUUCUAGAGGAUUUCCCUUCUGUGCAAAUGCCAUUUGAAUGGCUGGUAGAGUUGGUUCCACCAUUGAGAAAACGGGCUUUCUCCAUUGCUUCUUCUCCUUCAGCCCAUCCCAACCAAGUCCACUUGACAGUGAGUGUAGUCUCAUGGACGACACCUUUUAAAAGAAAAAGGAUGGGUCUUUGUUCAUCAUGGUUAGCUAGUCUUGAUCCUCUACAAGGUGUAACCAUUCCAGCAUGGUUUCACAAGGGUUCUCUCCCUGCACCGCCACCAUCACUUCCACUUAUCCUCAUCGGCCCUGGCACAGGCUGUGCGCCUUUCCGUGGCUUUCUAGCAGAGCGAGCUGCACAAGAUACGUCCAGCUCAGCUGCUCCCAUCAUGUUCUUCUUUGGCUGCAGAAAUGAAGGCGAUGACUUCUUAUACAGGGACUUGUGGCUAUCUCACUCGCAUGACGGUGGAUUGCUCUCUGAAGCAAGAGGUGGAGGUUUCUACGUUGCAUUCUCGAGAGACCAGCCUCAGAAAGUUUACGUGCAGCACAAGAUGCGGGAACAGAGCCAGAAAAUAUGGGCAGCGCUGUCAGAAGGCGGCGCUGCCAUCUACGUUGCAGGCUCUUCCACGAACAUGCCUUCUGAUGUGAUGCUGGCUGUGGAAGAAAUCAUAUCGAAAGAGGGUGGAGUGGCGAGAGAAGCAGCUGCAGUGCUGAUAAGGAGGCUGGAGAGGGAUGGUAAAUACCAUGUGGAAGCAUGGUCUUAAGCCUGGUGGUUUAUUGUAUGGCACUGAAGUUCAUUCGUUCAACCAACCGUUUGUGGAAGAACUGCAAAUGAGUCAAGCUGCUCACAAUAAGUUUGGCGUUCGGCUGAGGAUAAACUCGUCUAAUAUUCGGCUCAUUUACUAAUGAGUCGAGUUUGAGCUAAGCAUUGUUUGGCUUGCAAGGCUUGUGAACCUGCUCAACUUGAUGACCAAGAUGACCUUUUGAACUCAAUUCGUGAGCUAGCUCGUUUUGAGUUAAUGGAGCUAGCUCGAUAGUAUGGCUAGCUCAAUUAGCAACUUAUGAGCGAAUUGGCUUCUAGCUUAUUUUUGGCUUGUUGAUAAUUGAUAGGGCUAUUAGAUAUAUUUCAUUAAGAAUUUGAUAACAUUAUAAAAUAUGUCUCAUUUAUUAUAAUUUAAAAAAGAAAUUAUGCA